AUGAACCGUCGUGGCCGUCGUCGACAAAACACUAAAAUUCCCCAGGUUGAAGCUGCUCCUGAGCCUGUCGCCCCUGCUCCUGCUGCUCUCCCUCCUGCUGCUCCCACUCCCAUUCCUGUCAUUCCUGCUGCUGCUGCAACUACCACUGCAGCUGCUGCAAUUGCUACUGCUCUUCACCGCCCUAGGAGACAACAGAAGCUUCCCCAGAGAUUUAGGCAGGACGACACAGCUACUCAUCUGGACGAUGGCGAGUGUUACGCUGACCGUCGGUCGAACGUCAAAGGUUCCUCUGGUGAUCUUGGUAAGACGGCGCUCGUCGAGAUACAGGGCUAG